AGCCUCCCCAUAAAGCACCAAACCAAACAGAUACUCCUACCAUUUUCUCUCUCUCUUCUGUGCGUUCCACUUUUUCUCUCUCCAGAUUCAGAAACCGUUCCUUCACACACUCACUCACACAGACACAGUCACACUACCUCACUCACUCUCUCUUCAAAACCGUUUCUCAUUCUAUGAAUUUCUCUCCCUUCAUUCUCCUUCUUCACUAGCUUCUUCUUCUUCUCCUGUGUUUCCCCUUCUGAUCCUCCUCUUCAAUGGAAAAGAAACAGGGUUUCUUCUCCGCUCUCAAACACGAGGUAGUUCGCGGCCUCUCACCUUCCCGUUCCCGUUCCACCAGCCCCGCCCGAACCGCCUCACCCAUCUCCACCCUCCUCCGUAGGAAAAAACACCUCGCCGCCCCCACCCUUGACUCCUCCGUCGCGAGAUCCGGCAGCCUGAGGCCGCUAGGAGAGACUCUAACGCCUCUCAUGGAGGGACCUGACCAGGAAAACGGGGACCCCAAACGGGUCGGGUCGGGUCUCGGAAACUGGAUGAAGGGUCAGCUGUCUCGUACCCCCUCCGUCUCGUACAAGAGGUCUGAUCUGAGGCUUCUGCUUGGUGUCAUGGGUGCGCCGCUGGCUCCGCUUCAUGUCUGCUCCACCGACCCUUUGCCUCAUCUCAGCAUUAAGGACACACCCAUCGAAACUUCAUCUGCACAGUAUAUAUUGCAGCAGUACACUGCUGCAUCUGGAGGGCAGAAGUUGCAGAACUCUAUAAAAAAUUCAUAUGCAAUGGGAAAGGUUCGAAUGGUAGCUUCUGAGUUCGAAACUGCGACAAGGGUAGUGAAGAAUCGGAAUGUUUCUAGGUGUGCAGAGUCUGGUGGAUUUGUGCUGUGGCAGAUGAAUCCUGACAUGUGGUAUGUAGAGCUUGCAGUUGGGGGCAGCAAGGUUCAUGCUGGCUGCAAUGGAAAGCUUGUCUGGAGGCACACACCUUGGCUAGGUGCUCACACAGCAAAGGGACCUGUGAGGCCUUUGCGGCGUGCACUUCAGGGUCUUGACCCUAGAACCACCGCCAGUAUGUUUGCUGAUUCUAGAUGCAUUGGAGAGAAGAACAUCAAUGGUGAGGAUUGCUUCAUCCUUAAGCUCUGUACUGAUCCUGAAACAUUGAAGGCUCGGAGCGAGGGCCCUGCUGAGAUCAUAAGGCAUGUGUUAUUUGGCUACUUUAGCCAAAAGACCGGACUGCUUGUUCACAUUGAGGAUUCUCAUCUGACCCGCAUCCAAACUAAUGGAGGUGAUGCGGUUUAUUGGGAAACCACAAUCAAUUCAUUCCUUGAUGACUACAGGCCUGUGGAAGGGAUCAUGAUUGCCCACUCAGGGCAUUCUGUGGUAACUCUGUUCAGGUUUGGGGAGAUGGCCAUGAGCCACACUAAAACCAGAAUGGAAGAAGCUUGGACGAUUGAAGAAGUCGCGUUCAACAUUCCUGGCCUCUCUGUAGAUUGCUUCAUUCCCCCAGCUGAUCUGAGUACAGGUUGUAUCAGUGAAGCCUGUGAACUCCCUCAGAAUGAAAAAGCAAAGAACUCACUAGCAGGACACCGGACCAAGGUUGUUGCCCUGGAGAAACAGCAUAAUUGCAACAUUGAUAACAUGAUGUGGAACAUGGAAAUCUAACAGUGGGGUUAGGAUCAUCAAUUCAAGGCAAUUGUUAAUAGCAGUUACUAGUUCUUGACUACUAACGUUUAGAUUUUAGAGUAGGGGUUCAGUUGGUUCUUUGUGGAAGUUUGUUAAUGCCUCUAUACUCUGUAAAUAGAGCAUGAAAAUUCACGGGUGUUAUGCAGACCUGAGUGAAUAUUUAUACUCGAUGCAGAAUCCAACUAUGGAGUUGGAGCUCGUUGUUCCAAUUCGGAACAGAGCAAAUGGAGGUUAAAUUUUUAGUUUACCUUCCAUAAGCAAGGGAAGGUGGUGAAGCUUUGGUAUAGUGGACCCAUUAAACUUAGCAACUUAUCUUAAAUUCAGUGUCGGUGGUGGCGAUAUUAAAGAGGCUGCCGCCGGCCAGUCAAGUUUGACCCUAACAGCUUCUAUGUGGGGUAGAAGUUCUGAAUUCUGUGUUUGAAAGGGUAAAGAAUGGUGUUUUUGAUACCUGGGAAAAUGGAGUGGGGUUACUCUAAGACAUUAUACUCAGUCUUAAUUCAUGUGAUGUACCCAAACAUUUCUAAUAUUAUCAGUAAUAUGUUUCAUGUUGUGUUAA